GAUUUCUUGACGAAUGCGAAGUAGAACCACUUGAACCAAUAUUGGCAUUUGGACUAAGCCCAAAUAAUUUGAGUGUCCAAAUUAACUAUGUUCAAAUGGUACAAUCAACUAGAAAGCUUGAACACCAGACAACCUGGAAAGUCGUCUAUGCUUCAAAUGAUCCACGAUCUAGAAGGCCACCAUUCCAUCAACUUUCCAAAACAGAAAGAUUACUUUACCAUCAAGGAGAAUUUGCUAGAGUAAUCGACCAGAUCGAAAAGCGAUAA